CUGAACCGAACCAGGAUUUGAAUCUGAAAAGGCGCAAUAUGUAUGCAUGACGAACUGGAGGUCACCAAACUUUUCCAUGGUAUCCGAGGAGGGAGUCGGACAGUAGUCUACCACAUCAGCAACAUGUAGGUACGUACUUGAUGCGGCAUGCUACGAGCCUGUCCAUCUCGCAGCAAGAUGUGACAAGAGCAAUCAAUGCAGGCUUCACCUGCCGCAUCACAAACGUAGGAUUCAUGCAGGAUUACAUGAACAUAACCUGUAUUAUUCAUCUCGUAGCGCAAGAUGAGUCAACCACCCGACUAUGA